UGACCACAUCCACGCACGACACCAUUCGAGAAAGUCCGACAUUGGAAGUCGUCCAUCAAACGCUUCUCCUCCAUCUCUCUCUCUCUCUCUCUCUCUCGCCGGGAACGGAAGAAUGGAUGCCGUAGAUUCGGUCGUCGAUCCUCUCAGGGAGUUCGCCAAGGACAGCGCCCGUCUCGUCAAGCGCUGCCACAAGCCCGACCGCAAAGAGUUCACCAAGGUCGCGUUCCGUACCGCCAUUGGGUUUGUGGUCAUGGGUUUUGUUGGGUUUUUCGUGAAGCUCAUCUUCAUCCCCAUCAACAACAUCAUCGUUGGGUCCAGUUAGGAGGCUGACCUCGUAAGAAAGAAAGUUGGGGGAUAUCUGCGGAAGUACGAGUUGGGAGCAAUCUUUGUUUCUUUUUGGAGAGUAGCAUGUUAGCAAAGGAUAGUGUAAUGGUUUAAAGUUCUAGGAACUGUGUCACCUACAUGUUGAAGAAAAACAAAGUGUUUCAGUUGA